UCACGACGGUUGCGCCGGCCGGCAGGAGGUGGCAGCAGCUGAGGCAGUGGUGGCUGAGUGCCGGCUGAUGCGAAGUGGUUUCCUGAGCUUCGGGCUGUUGCGAAAUCUGGCUGGGAGCGGGGGGCGGCUCGGGGCGCGGGGCCUCCGAGACGGAACGGCCAUGGCGGCGGGGGAGAGCAUGGCGCAGAGGAUGGUCUGGGUGGACCUGGAGAUGACGGGACUGGACAUAGAGAAGGACCAGAUCAUUGAGAUGGCCUGUCUCAUAACAGACUCUGACCUCAACAUUUUGGCUGAAGGUCCUAACCUGAUUAUAAAUCAGCCAGAUGAGUUGCUGGACAGCAUGUCAGAAUGGUGUAAGGAACAUCAUGGGAAGUCUGGUCUUACCAAGGCAGUGAAGGAGAGUACAAUUACACUGCAGCAGGCAGAGUAUGAGUUUCUGUCCUUUGUACGACAGCAGACUCCUCCGGGGCUCUGUCCACUUGCAGGAAAUUCAGUUCAUGCAGAUAAGAAGUUUCUUGACAAAUACAUGCCCCAGUUCAUGAAACAUCUUCAUUAUAGGAUAAUUGAUGUGAGCACUGUUAAAGAACUGUGCAGACGCUGGUAUCCAGAAGAAUAUGAAUUUGUACCAAAGAAGGCUGCUUCUCACAGGGCAUUGGAUGACAUCAGUGAAAGCAUUAAAGAACUUCAGUUUUAUCGGAAUAAUAUCUUCAAAAGAAAAACAGAUGAAAAGAAGAGGAAAAUUAUAGAAAAUGGAGAAAAUGAGAAGACUGUGAGUUGAUGACGUGUCUCAUGCUGCCACAUUACUCCCUGGAUAUGACUUCUGGGGGAUUUUUGUUCACCUUAAUUGUUUGGGAAAGCAUCUCCUUUCAUUUACCUUGCAUCUUCAGAUAGUUCAAGCAGACUGAGUCUGAAAUACAAUUUUUCUAAGUUAGGGCUGUGAAUCUGUCAUUUAAAUUUCAGCAACUCCUUUGUUUCUAGGUACCAGGUCAAUUAUACCUCUUGGUACACAUCUGCAUCUGCUUUUAGACCAAAACACUUUUCUUUUGUUAAAAAAUAAAACUAGUUCAAUUAAAAUGCAAGCUUUUUUUUUUUUUUUUUUUUUGUACCUUCUAUUCCUUUACAGUGGUUCAAAUAAGAUGCUAUUCCCCCAUUGAAUGUUAUGCUAACUUGUAUUUAACAUGUCUUUUCAAAAACAUUUGCAAUGGACCAAGUAAAAUGGGCUGUCGCAGACUUGUUCUGUUUUGCAUUAGGAGGCCAGACUAGAACAAAUGGGAAAAAGUUAUUUAGAUGCAGGUUUUUGUUCAACCCAUAGAACUGGGAGAUGGUAUAUAAAAUUGGAGGUAUUUAAAUAAAAGUUGGAUAGCCCCAUUGUUAGGGUUAGUGUAAGAGAAAUUCCUGCCUGAGUUGUUAGAUUGAACUGAAUGAUGUAUAAAGUUUCUUCCAACUUAGUUCUAUUUUUUUGUGAUCUUCUGAAAGUAGCAUUAUGAUCACUUAAAGUAAUAAGGAUGGAUACGUAUAGAAAAAGCAUAAAAUUGAAAGUCAGGUGAACCAAAGUCUGUUACCAGUUCUGCUCUUAAUUGUGAUCUUAACUUUAGACAUCUCACUUAACCUCCUUAUGCCUCAGUUUCUCAUUUGACAUAAAAAUCUCUGCCUCCCAGUAGUUAUGAGAUGAAAGGUGAGAAAAGCACUUUGCUCUUAAAAAAAGGUUUUGCAUAAGUAAUGUAUUAUGCCUAUGUAUCUCAUAGGAUUAUUGUGAAGACCAAGUGAGAUAAUUAUGUCAACUGCUUUGUAAACUUAAGCUGCCAUGUAUUUAUUAUUGUUAUUACUAUUAUAAAUCUAAGUACUAGUAUUACACUUUCCACAUACUCAAUUCAGUUCAUAGGUGUAUGUAUGCCUUUGAUUCACUAGUUAAUUUUUCUUAAAGCCCAAAAUUAUUAUGUUUAAAUUAAAUAUUAAAUUUUGAAAGAUAAUUUUGAGUAGUUUUACCCUGCUAUUCUAGAGCCUCAUUAUGUAGCAGAGUUCCCCAUGAUUCCCUAAUGGAGUAUGUGCUCUUGAAGGAAUCUGAGAAAGUAAGAUUGCUCUGUGGCAGGUUAGGGUGAAAUCAGCAUGAUGAUUCAAUGAUUAAUUCAUCAUUUAUCAAUCUGUUUAAGUAGAAUGCAUUCAGUUUCAGAAUGUUGCCAUUAGUGAUUUCACAGGGGACUACUGAAACUCUGGAAUGGCUCCUCUGAAAUAAACUGCUAUGCAAAUCUGUGUGAUUAUGCCCAUGUCCUUAAACAGUAUCAGUAUUUCUGCCCAGAGGGUAUUUUUGCCAUUUGGUCCUUUUCCUGCUUGCACUAAAUUACCCCACAUGUUGUAAACUUAAUAUCAUCCAAGUACAUUUUCUUGUAUUAACUCAGGAAAGGAAUGGAAUCAGCUGUCAUUACUGAUUUCAUGCCUGUGAAAGAAACCUUUCCUGUAGCAACUUAUCAGUAAAAAUGAUUGAAUAGAAAUAGUUUCUUUUUUGUGUGUGUGCUAGUGUGAUGAUGAGCUAGGUCCUGUUUCUGUUUGUAUGAGGACUGCUGUUUACUAUAUGUAGUCUUCAGAAAACAAAUGAAGACCAAUAUGAUGUUAAAUUAGUAAUUUUUUAAUUAAGUGAAAUUCAAUCAAAGCAAUAUUUUUCUUGCUUAACGACAGGAUGACUGUCGCAGGUUAUUUGCAAAUGUGUUUCUGUUCUUAGAAAACUAAUAAACAGAAGGUGCCAAAAAAGUUAGUAGAUUAGUUUACUAUGGCACUCUGCUAUAAGUAAUGGUCAAAAAAAAAAAAGGGUAAAAUCUAUUACAAGUUAAUAUUAAUAAACAUGAUAAAAUACAUUAAAUUGGUUACAUGAUCAGACUUAUUAAUACCAUUUGUAGUUUAUUAUUGGGCCAUAUUGAGGACAAAACUACAGGAAUGUUGAAAGGUUCAUAGGACAAUUGGAAAAACUAGAAGCUAUCUCAGGGAUCAUCUAGUAAAACCCUCUAAUGUUAUAGAUGAAUAAACAAGUCAGAAACACAAUAUUGAGUAAAAUCUAGUGUUAGAUUUGAUGUCAGAUCCGGAUUUGAUUCUUGGCAUUGUCACUUAUUAUUCUGUGACUGGUGUACCUCCCAUAGCUUGCUCAUUUGUAAAAUAAAGGGCUUCAUUUAGGUAAUUCCUGAGGUCUCUUCCAAGUUCUUAGCCUAUGAUCCUGUAGAAUACCAAGUUGAAGCCAUUUGCUCUUUUCUUUUUCAGAGGAAUUUUUCAACAAAUUACCAAAAAGUGAUCCAUAGAAAAGGGAAAGAGUUAUAGCUACAAUUCUUUUGAAAUACUGAAAAAUUGAAAGCUAUCAAGAUUAGGCUGAGUGAAUAAAUUUUGGUUUUUAACUUAGCCAACAGGAUAAUUUAGGCAACUUAAUUUAUAGUCAAGGAUCAGUUCUGUACAUUUUUUUACAGUUUGCAAGGAAUGUGUUUUCUGGGUAGAUAUAUGUCCCCGGAAGCUGUUCAGAGAAUGUGGAAUGUUAAGUGCAGGGUUCCAACAAUAGCAAAAGCAACAACGAAAAACAAAAAAACACGACAGUAGGGUUGAGCUUAAAUAGAAAUGAAUACCUGCAGGCUGCAUUUUGGCUUAAAAAAACUUGUAUUAAUUUUAUUCAUGUUUUAUUCUAUUUGUAUUUAUUUUGUUAGAUGUUUCCCAAUUAGAUUUUAAUUUGAUUUGGGUUUUACUCUGGAGUGUUGGGGCUGCAAGCAGCUCAUGGGCCAGGUGUUUGACAUCUGCUCUGGGGCGUUUAUAGGGAGGUCUGAACAAAGUGGUCAGUUUGGGGCAAUUAAGUCUUUAAUCAUCCCAUACUUUUGUUUGGGGAUACUGCCCUUUUAUCCUUAUUUUAAAACACUUGGGGAAUGAUAGAACAAGAAUGCUUAUGGAGAAUGUUUGAAGGAGAAUCCUUUUUAUUUUAUACUGAUGUAGAAUUUCCAGUAGUACCCAUCUCUACUUAACUUUGUUUGAACCUCUUUUGAGCAGAGGGUAGGGUUCUGAAAUCUGUAAUUUGUACUCCAGACUUUUCCCAUGCAAACAAAUUAUGUGUAAUUAGGUACUAAUUUCAGUAGUAUGAAUUGAGUGCAUUGUGGGUUAAAUAAACUUGUGAGCUGAACUGGGAACAUAAUCACCAUUUAUAUAUUGUUUCUGUGAGAAAAUGCAUCUCCAAACGUGUUAAACAUUAUCUGUUACUAAAUUAGUGGCAGCCUUUCUCACCUGCUUUAGGCAUUAUUUUGUCCAAUUUCAUCAUACUUUCAUCUAGCUAAGUCAACAAACACACCUAAUUACUUAUUAUAUUCCGGAUUUUAAUUCCCUCUUUUGUGAAACUUACCAACAUAACUCAUUCAUUUUGUUUCAUUUUUAUCAAAUAGUGGAAUUGUUACAAAAGGAAUGAAAACUAGAGCAAUUGUUAUUUUGUUAGAGGACGAUUUUUUUUUUUAAUCUAUAGCUGUUUUAUUAAAAAAAAAAUGCUGACCACAAAUUUCUUCUCAUAUACUUUUUAGAAUUUUAAGGAUUCUUGCUCUUAGAGGAAAAUAUUUAUAGUAUGAACAUUGCAGAGCAUCUCUGCAAAAUAAUGAACUCAGUGAUUGGAAUUCCCAUCUCUAUAAUUAAUGAUUUCUCAUAUAGUGAAUGAUUACAUAGAAUAGUACUGAAUGGCAACCACUAUAAUCUUUCAUUAUAAUGUAGCUGAUGGCAACUCUCAUAAAAAUAAACCAAAAAACCAUGAACUUCAUUGCCAUUAGAAGUUGGUCCUCAAUCAAAGCUUUUUUAUUUAUGUAAUGUCUACUGAACCUCUUGUUCUUUUCUUCCAAAUUUGUCUAAGAGUCUAGGAGCCCAACUCAGUGUUGAAAAGAUACUGCCUAUGUUAACCGUAAUGUUAUGAUUACUUAAAGAGUUCACAAAAUUAUCGAAUGAUUCAGACAUUCUUAGAUUAGAAGAGGAAGGAGGGGUGAGAUUUUGAAGUUUAUUUUGGAAUUUUAGAAGUUGACUAGAAAUUUUAAAACAUCUAUAUUUUAAAGAAUUCUUGAACUUAAAGUUCACUGUGCAGAAGAUAGUCCAGUCUACCCCUGACAAUCAUGUGAAAACCUCUAGAGCUAAGGAAUCCUCUUUCUCCUGAGGCAGACCAUUCCCUUGUAGAAGGCUUUAAAUAUUAGAACCAGAGGAAUUUUUAGAAAGGAAUAUUUUAACUCAAUAUAAGGGAAAAUGUCCUGUCACCCACUGCUUUUAUUCGGUAGCCUCUGAAGCCAAGAAAUCUAAUGGUCUUCCUUGGAUGAGACAGCUUUUCAGGUUAAUGAGGCUAUAGUAGCUAAGAUACCCUGUCUUUCCCUUGUUUAGAGUUGCCAAUCUUUUUAAAGUUAGUGUACCUGAAAGGGGACAAAAUCCUCCAGUUAUGGUAUAACCAUGAGAGUAACUAACCUUUAUAAGCUUUAAACUUGUCAAGUUGAUGUGUAUAUAUUAUUCCGUUUGAACCAUACAAUAAUACUAUGAGGUAGGUACUACAGAUGGUAUAUUCAUUUUAUAGAGGAGAAAACUGAAGCUCAAAGAGCAACUUGGCAAGACAGUGUCAGAGACAGUUUAAACUCAGGCCUUCUGAUUCCAGCCUAUUUUUCUAUUCACUUUACUACAUUGCCUGUCUUUGGAGAUAAGGACGGACCACCAUAGAACUCUGACUUGAAAAAAGGUGAAAUAGGAGACAGUGAUAAAAAACUCUGGAUUUGUAGUCAAAAGAUCUUAUUGCUACUUAGAUGAUUGGACAAACCACUUAAACCUGUCUAGAUUUUAGUUUCCUCAUUUAUAAAAUAAAGGGCUUGCUUUCAGCUUUAAGUCAGAUACUUCUUUUGUUCCAAAAUGCUAACUAUUUUAAAACUACUUAAAAAAAUAAAAUGAACACAAUUAACUUACUGAGCUUGCAAUCCCCUUAAACCACUGAGCAUUUUAAUUUGAAUUGUUGUCUUGCCACUCUUUUCCUAAUCAAUUUUUUUAUUAGAUUUCAUCUUUUUUUGAUUUGAUCAGUCCUUCUAGCUGGUUAAGAUAUUUUUGGAUCCUGAUUGUUCUUCAGUUUUUCUCUCCCAACUUUAUGUCAACUAUACAUAUGGUAAGCAUGAUGAUGAGGGUUUUUAGGUGCAGAGUAUUAAGGAAAAGAAAUAUAUCAUAAAUGCUGGAUUCUCUGUAUUCUCAGGAAAGGAAGAAUUAAAAUCAUUGGCUGAGAAGAAAGGGCUUUAAGGUUAGUGUAGAAAGCUUGAAGAAAAGAGGUUGGGAAUAUUUGGGAGAAUAAUUUAGAAGACUACAAUGCUGUUGUACAACAUUAAAGACCCAGUUCUAAGUAAAUAAAAUAAAUGUGUAGCUGAUACAACUCAAUUUUGUGGUUCAGGUAGAAGGUAAAGGAACACCAAGAUUAGUGUUUGGUAGAGUUAGGGCAAGGAACUAGAGAACAGUAUUGAACUGAACGUGUCAACUGGGGUCAAAACUAUGAAAUGAAAAAUGAUAGGAGACUGGGAAGGGCAGAGAAAGAGAUACCUCUUUCAUAACAAUGUUAUGGUGAAAGUAGGAUUAGGAAUAAUGAGGCAGAGGAGCAUAAUGGUAAGAUAGGAAGUUAUGAUUAGCAAUUAGAGAUUUUUGGAUCAAUAGAAGUAGAGUAUGGAUGAUGAAUCAAGGGUAUGACCAUCUGUGUGACUGAGUUGAAAUGAAAGUACAAGUAUUGGGAGUUGAGGUUGGAAAACAGUGUUUCAGGCCCUCUGUCCCUUUUAAAAUUUUUCCUACUCUACCAUCACACCCUCCCCUUCUCCACUGCUCACAUCCCCAGCUCCCUUGAAGAAGGGGUUAUCUUUUGGUCCUGGAGGCCAAUAUAUAACUGCCCCAAGAAUCUGAAUAGGGUAUUAUAUACAGAGAGAGCCUUUAAGAAAUUUAGUAAUGAUGGCAGAGCAAGGGUCAAGAAGUGGCAGUGAGGAAUAUGGAAUUUGUCUAUAUCUCAGCUCAGUGUAUUUGUAUUAGAGAGGAGAGCAUAAGAAAGUAUGAAGAAAAGGUAUUGAUAGUUCUGGAGAAGUUGGGUAGGGGAUGUAGUAUCUGACAGGAGUCAGCCUUUGAAGAGAGACAAAAUGAAAGGAAUGUGCAAAAGAGGUCUGAGACAAAGGGAAAUUACCAGUGGAAUGAAGAUUCCAGACUGAGAAGGAUUGGGAUGGGAAGAAACAGGUAUAUAGGAAUGAGAAGGCAAUGAGUGGUGGCAGGGGAAUGGUAUUUUCACAGCUGAAUCAGGGAUUCUGAGGAUGUAGGAGUUUGCUAGCCAGAGAGUAGGGAUGUAACAUUUGAUUGGACCCCUACCUUCAAAGGUAUUUGAUGACAAAUAGAGCUACAGAUCAAAUGUAAAAAAGAAUAUAGGGGUAAUUAUAAAAUUUUAUAUUCAUGUUUCAAAAUUUUAUAUAAGUACAAGGUGGGGGAAGUACAAUUAAAAGUUAUUUGUGUGAAGAGAAUCUGCAGGUUUUGAUGAACUGCAAAUGAUAAAGCAGUCAAAACAAUUAGUAAGAUCUUGAGCUGUAGUGAGAGGUGGCCACAGUAAGGAAGAGAAUAGUACAGUUGUUCUCUCCUCAAAACCUUGUAUUUAUUGUGUUCUGAGUGCCACAUUUUAAGAAGGACAUUAAUAAUCCUGAGAAUGACGAGGAUACUUAGGGGAUGGGAGAUCAUAAUAUAAUAAUGCCAACUACUAAUGCAGUUCAGAUUUGCAAAGAGAUUUAUCUGUGUUUCUAUCCAUCAAAAUUUGAUCCCUGUUAUAUCCUUAUAUGAAUUAGGUGUUUUUAUCCCCAUUUUACAGAAAAGGCAAUUGAAGAUUGGUUAGAGAAACUGGAAGUUUUUAGCUUGAAUAAUAGAUGGCUUAUAGGGGAAUAUGGUAGAUGCCUUCAUUUAUGUAUUUGAGUGCAAUCUUUUGGAUAGUGGAAUUGAAUUUCUUCUGCUCUAUCCACUAAGGCAGACUAAGGAUUAUAUGUGAGAAUUUAAGAGAAGCAGAUUCUAGUUUGAUUGAUAAAAAGUUUUUUUCUGCCCUAAACAAAGCAUGAUAAUGAAUUUCAUUAGAAAAAAAUGAAAGGCCUAAAUAGAAUUUAGAAAAGGUAGAUAUAAUAAAUAGCUCUCUGGUGAUUACUAAAUGGUAAUCAAAAAGAGAACAUGUUACUUAGACAUAUAUUUAAACACUUUUCCAAAAAUCAACCAGAUAUUGGCAUAAAAAUCACACAGAAAAAUAAAAAUAUUAAAUAUAUUCUUUUGCUGGUCAUAAUAUAAUCAAUUAUACUUUUAAAAAAGAGGCUUAGAAAGAAGGAUUUAACAGUUGAAGACUAAAUAAUUUAGUCCUAAAAUAUUAGUUUGUCAAAGAAUAAAUCAUAAAAAACAAUAGAUAAUUCCAUCAAUGAAAGAGCCAACAAUGAGAUAGCAUGCCAAAACUUUUGGUUUGCAGCCAAAAUAUUCCCUAGAAGGAAUUGUAUGUUGCUAAACACUUAAUAAAAGAAAGUAUAGAUUAAGGAAUUGAGCAUUUAACUAAAAAGACUAGAAAAACAUAAAAAUCUGAAUUAAACACUAAAAGAAAAACUUUUGAAAUUUGGAGAAAGAAAAUUGAAAGUGAAAUCUCCCAAACGAACAUCAUUGAGUUGAUAACUAAAACUUGAAACUUUUUUUUUUUAAUUCAGUAGUUAAUAGGAUUUUUAGAGAUAAGAAACCACUCACUGAUAUCAAAAGCAGAAAAGAAAAAUUUGUAACACAUGAAGAUGAAAGAAACGAUUAGAAUAUUUUGUCCAAUUAUAUGCUUACAAAAUAGAUGAUUUUGAUUAAAUAUAUUAAUACUUAUAAAAUAUGAAGUACCCUGAUAAAUAGGGUAUUUCAUCACAGAUCAUUAGAUUACAGAGAUUAUCUAAUUUUACAAAAAAGUGAUAAGCCAUAACUACCCUGCCAUCAUCCCACUAUCUUCCUCAAAAGAAAACCCAUGGCAAGAAAUACAAAUGAAUUUUAUCAAACAUUUAACUAAUAACAGCAUUUAUUUAGUAUUUUAAGGUUUGCAAAGUGCUUUACAUAGGUUUUGUCACUUAACUCUUACAACUCUAAAAAUAUCACCAUUGUAUAGAUAAGGAAACUGAGGCUGAGAAAUUAAGUGAUGUCACCAGGUUUAUACAGCCCGUAUCUGAGACAGGUUUUGAAUUCAAGUUUUCCUGCCACUAAGUCCAACACUAUCCAGUGUGCCAUCUAGCUGCUAAAAAGUAUUAAUUAAACUUUACAAAAAUAGGAAAAAGGAGGGUUUUUUUUUAUUGAGAGAGAGAGAAGUAGAGAGAGAAGAAAACUUGCUCAAUAGCCUUAAUGAAUAUUACAAAAAAAUUAAAAAUUAUGAUACAACAUAUUGCAAAUAUAUACUCUGGCCAGGGAUUGAUAUAGCAAUGAAUGCAGAGUGAGUUGAAUAUAAGGAAAACCAACAAACAGACCAUUUUAAAGCCAGUAAUCACAUGAUUGAAUCAAAUAUUGAAAAAGUUUUUCACAAGAUAUAGCACCAAUUCUAUUAGAAAACUUAAACAAAUGGACCUUAAUUUUAAUAUGGCAAACAGUAUCUUUUUAAACCUAUGGACCAACAUUACAUGUAGUGGAGAAGUAAAAAAAAAAUCUAAUAAGAGUAAUGGAAAGGCAAAGAUGUUCAUUCUUAUUGCUAUUAUUUAUUAAAGUGGUGGAAAAUGCUACUUGUAAUAAUAAGACCAAAAAAAAAAAAAAAAUUAAGCAUUGUUUUAAGGAGUAGGAAAUAAGGACUUUUUUUUUUUUUUUUUUUUUUUUUUUUUUGGCAGAUCAUAUAAACAGUCCAUUUAGAGAACCCUAAUGAUUCAAUUCAAAACUUUUUUGAAAAACUUGCAAAGCUUCAGGAAAUCAGCUUUUGUAUAUUCUAUCAGAGUCUAGCAAGAAGAAAUAGAAAGAGAAAUUUGAUUAGAAAUAACUACAGAGUGAAUAAAAUAUUUUGCUGUCUACAUACUAAGAUACAUAGGAAUUAUAGGAAUACAAAUACAUUUACAGAAAGAGCUAAAUAAUUUGAGAAAUGUUAAUUAUAGACUGAACCAACAAUUGUUAUUAUUUAUAUAGCAUUUUAAGGUUUGUAAAGAACUUUACAGCUAUCAUUUCACUGAUCUCUACAACAAUCCUGGGUGGUGUAGGUGCUCUUCUCACCAUUUUAGAAAUGAAGAAAUAGGCUGAGAGAGGUUAAGUGAUGUCCAGGAUUACAUAGCUAGUAAGUAUCUAAAGUAGGAUUUGACCCUAGGUUUUCAUGAAUUUCAGGUCUGUCAGUCUAUCCACUGUGCCACCUAGCUGCCUCAAUAUAAUAAAUAUAAUAAAAUUAUAACAUCUAAACUACUAAUUUAAACAACCAAAGAAUCACCUUAUAGCAAAAGAAAAAAAAAAUUAUUCUGGAAGAACAAAAGCUCAAGAUGCUCAAAGGAAAUGAUGAAAAAGGUGGAGAGAAGAGAGCCUGAUGGUUAGAUCUCAAACUAUGCUGCAAAGUCGUAAUUAAUAAAAAUUAUUUUGUGCUGCUUGAAAAAUAGGUUAGCCAGUGGAGCUGAUUAGUUAUACAACAUAUAGAAGCAAAUAAACCCAGGAUUAUAGUGUUUAAUGAACACAAAUAUCCUAAUUGUUAAGUAAGGACUUUACCGUUUGUCCAAAAUUUCUGUGAAAUGUAGAAAGCAGUCAGGCUGAAAUUAGGCUUAGACUAAAAUCUUACACCAUAUAUUAACAUUAGCUCUAAAUGCAUACAUGACUUAGAUAUCAAAAGAUCACAUCAUAAACAAGAGGAACAGAGAGGAACUCUCUUUGCAACUAUAGAUAGGAAAAUAAUUUAGGACCCAACAAGCAUUUGAAAAGAUUGUAAAACAUAAAAUAGAUUGAUUCCUUAAAAUUGAAAAGUUUGCACAAAAUUAAUGCAGUUAAAAUUAUAAGGGAAACAGUUAACUGGGGAAAAUUUCUGUAGUGGUACUUCUUUGAAAUUAUACAAAUAUAAGAACCAUUUCCUUAUAGCUAAAUGAUGAAAAGAUAUGAAGAGACAGUUUUCAAAGGAAGAAAAUCAGACUAUCAAUGUUCAAAUUAGGGUAUACCCCAAAUCAAUAAAUAUAGAAAUGCAAUUGAAGCAACUUUGAGGUUCCACACAUUAGAUUGGCAAAGGUAAUUAAAAAAAGAAAAAUGAUAAUUAUUGAAGGGACUGGAGAGGGGUGCCCAUCAAUUGGGGAAGGGCUAUACAAAUUUUGGUAUAUGAAUGUAAUGAAAUGUGAUUGCACAGUAAAAAAUAAAGGGAUGGUUUCAAGGAAAACUAAGAGUAGUUAGAAAAUAUACAUAUAUGAAGUUAGAAUUAGGAGAAUUACUUAUAUAGCAACAUUGUAUACAAAAGCAACUUUGAAUAAAUUAAUUUUAUUAUGAUUAUUUGAUUAAUAAAAUAACCAACCACAUCUUCAAAAGGAGUGAUGAAGGAUGGUACUUCCUAAACAGAGAGGAGAUAGUCUAAAGGUGAAUAAUGAGACAUAAGUUUUCAAAUAUCGUUAAUAUGUGGAUUUUUUUGAUUGAUUAUGCACAUUUGUUACAAGGAUUUUGUUUUUCCCUUAAAAAAAGAUAUGGAGAAGGGUUGGGAAGAGUGGGAGAAGUUUGACUAUGUGUGAUUAUGUAUAUAUUUUUUAUUUAUCUGUUUUUAAGCUGAAGAACGGGGAAAGAAUGGAGAUAGCAAUAGUAUUGUCAAAAAAAAAAAAAAAAAAAGAAAAAUGUUUAUUCUUCACCUGUUCUGUUUCAUUGCUCAUUUUACUUGGUAUUUGUAAAGUUCAGAAUAAAAAAUAUUUUUAAAAA